ACUGUGUUCACACUGUUAAAGUACAAUUCAGUAAUAUUUAGUAGGCUACUUUAAAUGACUGUGAAAAUCACUGGUUAUGCCUAGACCAGAUUGACCAGCUUUGACUGGAUCAGGCAUCUUGAACUUCGUGUGAAAAAGUCUUCAAAUGAUUUUAAUAGGCUUGGUCAUGAAAUUUUUUACAUUUGAUGUUUAAUUAUUACAUUGAAUGACUGAAUGGCUAUAUAAAGACAAAAGUACAGAGUGUGUACUGACUAAUCUCUAGCUUGCAGUAAGAGAUCAUAAACUUCAACGUCCAUGAGUGCUCUUAUGUAGGAAUUCAUUGGUAUACACGUGGUCGUCAUGAGACUUGUAUUUCCUAACCCCGGACUGGACCGCCGGAUCCCUAACCAUGAGGAUCUGGAGAGGAUGGCAAAGGAGGAGGCUGGUGACAGGCCCAAGUGGGACAACAAAGCCCAGUACAUCCUGACCUGUGUAGGCUUCUGCAUUGGGCUUGGUAACGUGUGGCGAUUCCCUUACUUGUGUCAAAGUCAUGGAGGAGGUGCCUUUUUGAUUCCCUACCUGAUCCUGCUGGUGCUGGAAGGAAUGCCUCUCCUGCUGCUGGAGUUUGCCAUUGGCCAGCGUCUCAGGAAAGGCAGUGUGGGAGUGUGGAGGGCCAUCAGCCCUUAUCUGACUGGUGUUGGCAUUGCCUCCAUGCUCGUGUCCUUUUUGGUUGGACUGUACUACAACACCUUAAUAGCCUGGAUCAUGUGGUAUCUCUUCAAUUCCUUUCAAGACCCACUGCCCUGGACCCAGUGUCCUCUCAAUGACAAUGGGACAGGGUUUGUACCAGAGUGUCAAAGGAGCUCCACUGUGGAUUACUACUUUUACCGAGUGACUCUGAAUAGUUCGGCCUCAAUAGCUGAGUCUGGGGGAAUCCACUGGCCCAUGGUAGCCUGCCUGUUGGCUGCCUGGACAGUUAUCGCUAUGUGCUGCAUAAGGGGCAUCAGCACUUCAGGCAAGGCAGUAUACGUCACAGCCAUCCUACCCUAUAUAGUGCUGGCCAUCUUCCUGAUCCGAGGACUGACUCUUAAAGGGGCCCUGAGCGGAAUAAAGUUCCUAUUCACACCAGACGUGGACGAGUUGAUUAAACCAACAACUUGGCUGGAUGCAGGUGCCCAGGUCUUUUAUUCCUUUGGUUUGGGGUGGGGGGGGCUCAUCUCCUUCUCAAGCUACAACCCUGUUCACAACAACUGCAUGCAAGACGCCGUGAUCCUGUCGGCCGUAACUGGCUUCACCUCAGUCUAUGCUGCCACAGUCACCUACUCCAUCAUUGGCUUCAGGGCCACAGAGCAAUAUGACAACUGCAACAGCGUAAACAUCAUGAAAUUAUUAAAUGCAUUUGACCUUCCUGAAGUCAGCAUCACUACAAGCAACUAUGAGGCAGCAUUUAAUCACCUCAACAGCUCUUUUCCUGAUAUUGUUCUUGGAUUGGACAUUGAAACCUGUGACAUGCAGAAACACCUCAGUGAGGGAGUGGAGGGAACGGGUCUGGCUUUCAUUGUAUUUACAGAAGCCAUCGCCAAGAUGCCUGGUUCUCCAGCCUGGUCUGUCCUCUUCUUCAUCAUGCUUGUCUGCUUGGGACUCUCAACCUUAUUUGGCAACAUUGAGGGAGUGGUGGUCCCACUGAAAGACCUGAAAGUAUUCCCUAAAAACUGGCCCCAUGAAGCCCUGACUGGAGUAACAUGUGUUGUCGCCUUCAUUAUCUCCCUCCUGUUUGCGCAGCAUUCAGGGAUUUAUUGGGUAAAUCUCUUUGAUAACUUUGCUGGAUCUGUUCCGCUUCUGACCAUUGGAUUCUUUGAGAUGAUAGCUGUUGUUUACAUCUACGGCAUAGACAGGUUCAAUGAGGACUUGGAGUUCAUGAUCGGACGCAAACCCUCCAUCUUCUGGCAGGUUUCAUGGAGAUUCAUCAGUCCUCUAAUAGUUCUGGUUAUUUUAGUUUUCUACCUUGUGACACAGGCCCAAAAAGAGCUCACCUAUUUAGUCUGGGAUCCCAACUCUGUGAAGUUCCCCUCUCUGGCAUCAGUACUGUACCCCUCAUGGAUCAACGUGAUCGUCUUUCUUUUGGCGGGAGUCCCCAGUCUGGCCGUGCCUAUGUAUGCAUUAUGUAGGCUGGUCUUUGUUUGCUGCAAGAAAAAAAAUUAAUCCAGAGAAAAAAAUGUCCAAAGUUCUUAAACUGUACAUUUCAGAAUACAAUAAAAUGCAAGUUUUUUUUCUUAAAGCACAA